AUGUUCAAAUGCAUUGCGGCAGUGGGAACAGUAGUAUGGAUGACUAUGUUUUUAUUCCUAUAUCUACAAUUAUCAAAUAAUCAAUCUUCAGGCGGUGAUUCAAUUCGGGCGUGGAGACAGACAAAAGAAGCCAUCGAUAAGCUUCAAGAACAAAAUGAAAAACUGAAAAGUAUAAUGGAAAAUGAGAGAAGAGAGAGAAAUGAUCAACACAGAAAAAUUCUGGAACAGUCUCAUCAAGUGCCUGCAAACCCAGAGAGUCAGUCGAUACCAAAACCAGAGCCAGUCAAAGAAUUGGUCGCUAAACCAAAUAAAUUGGGCACCAUAGAGCAAGAAGUUCAGAAGAGAAUGUUGGAUGAUCGAAUCAGAGAAAUGUUUUAUCUCGUUCACAGUCAAUCCAUCGAGAAUUCAACGAAGGCACUGAUAGAGAAUCAGAUGAUUUCACUGAUGGCACUAUCUGCAAAACUUGAAAAACUCGAGGGAUCAGAAGAAGAACGGAUGAGCCAAAGAUCCGAGAUAACCGACAGAAUACUGAAAUCAAUCGAGAGAUUACAAAAUCCACAAUCAUGUGGAGAUGUGAACACAUUAGUGUGUAAUUUGGAUAAGGAAUGUGGUUUCGGAUGUCAACUUCAUCAUGUUACCUAUUGUGCAAUCACUGCGUUCGCCACAAAAAGGAUGAUGAUUCUGAAGAGAGAUGGAUCUUCCUGGAAAUACUCAUCUCGUGGAUGGACUUCUGUCUUCGAACCAAUUUCAAAAUGCUCGUUUGAUGAUGCAGUUGGGAAAGCCGAAAUGAAACCGUUUGCUGACCCGUCACCUGAAAGAGUGGUUUCAUUGGGAAUUGUGGACUCCUUGCUUACAAAACCAGCAUUCCUCCCUCAGGCAGUUCCAGAACAACUUCUCUCGACUUUAUCCUCUCUUCACUCACAUCCACCUGCCUUCUUUGUUGGAACGUUCAUCUCAUACUUAAUGAGAUUCAAUGCUGAAACCAAAGAGAAACUAGAAGCUGCUCUCAAAGCGAUCCCAUUCAGCGAGGGACCAGUUGUUGGACUUCAAAUCCGAAGAACUGAUAAAGUGGGAACUGAAGCAGCAUUCCACGCACUCAAAGAAUAUAUGGAAUGGGCGGAAAUCUGGUUCAAAGUUGAAGAGAGACAACAGGGAAAACCAUUGAAACGAAUGAUUUUUAUUGCCUCAGAUGAUCCGACUGUGGUUCCAGAAGCUCAGAAUAACUAUCCGGAAUAUAAAGUGUAUGGAAGUACUGAAAUUGCAAAAACUGCUCAAUUGAACAACAGAUAUACAGAUGCAUCAUUAAUGGGAGUUAUCACGGAUAUCUAUAUUCUGAGCAAAGUUGAUUAUUUGGUCUGCACUUUUUCCAGUCAGGUUUGCCGAAUGGGUUAUGAGCUACGUCAACCAUCAGGAGCCGAUGACGGAUCUAAAUUCCAUUCACUUGAUGAUAUUUACUAUUUUGGAGGCCAACAAGCUCACGAAGUAGUUGUUAUCGAAGACCAUGUGGCAUUGAACAACAAAGAAAUUGAUCUGAAAGUUGGUGAUAAAGUUGGAAUUGCUGGAAACCAUUGGGAUGGAUAUUCGAAAGGAACGAAUAGACGAACGUACAAAGAAGGAGUGUUCCCAUCUUAUAAAGUGGCCAAUGAUUGGAGGCAAUUCAAUUUCGAAGCUCUUCUAGAUUAG